AUGGCCGAUUCUUCUGUCCACAUCAGCCGUGGGCGCAGGCAGUAUCUAGCCGAUCUUCAAUUGCUGCAGGCCGCCGCUGUUCUAAACGAACUGACAAUCAAUGAGGUGACAGUGGUCGAUCCUUCUGAAUAUCCCAGCAACCAUGUGUUUUUCUGCGCCGUGCAGAGCUCGCGGGACGAAAAGACGUCUUCACUAUUAUCACCAAUUGCUCGAGCGGUCACUGAAAAUGGCCCUGUGUCAAUUGAGCAACUGCUGAGGGGAACCCUCGCUGCUGUCGCGCGAUCAAUUACCGCCGUCUCAAUUCCCCAAGAUGUUGGCCUGGAGCGCAGUGCCGAGGGAGACUUCGACGAAUACGAUGACAAUCUGACUGAGUUCAACGAUCCUACAAUCACUCCCGGGGAGGUCAUAGACCAUCACACUCUGCAUAGCGACUUCACUGAGAUUGUUGCCUAUGGGUACAGACCAGGCUUUGUGCCGAUUGACAUCGACGAGUAUGUGUUGUCGGUCUCAUGUCCGACGAUAAAGCUCGCCGAUGACAUUCCGACACGAGCGCUCAUGGCCUGGGACCGGCGGCUGUUGGCGCCGUCACAGCACCUGACCCUUCUGGUGCACGGCCUGAAUGGCGUGUAUCCCAUACUUGAAGGAGACGGCGCUCUUUGUCCCCAUGCAGUGGAGCGUGGCAGCAAUCCCCAGUUCAAGGUGGGCCUCACGUCAAGCUAUAAGCCCCAGAGGGAGCAUGUGGUCGAAACCAUUCGCGUCUCCGGAAGGUGGGACAAAGGCACACCCCAGGAAAAUGUUAACGAGGAGCAGGCACAAGAGACUGAUAACAUGACAGAGAGAAGAGAGCGUGUAGGAUUUGACCACUUCAAUCUGAGUUCACCCAUGGAGACAUUACUGAAUCUUCAUUUUAUGCGCUUGCUGAAGCUGAGGCUGAAGUAUGAUUUAGGAUGGGCCGGUGUGGAGGUUCUUCUUUGGGAGGCAGAUAGAACCCAACAGAAAGCGGAGGAUAUCAUGAAGAGCAUGAGACCGCUGCCAUCACAGGCAAUCCAGAAGGCCGAGGAUCAAGAGAACGAACUUUCUAGCCGCUAUAACCUGCCUCCAGACCCUCUCCUUUCUCGUGGCUCGCUAGAUUGCAUUAAUCUGCCUCUUCUUGCAUUCUCGUACCUGCUGCGUCGUCUCACGCUCUGUCCUCGUUACUGCCUUGUAUGCCACGACCGGCUUCAAACAGACUAUGUCGCGUUGAAGCCUUAUGUUUGUAACUCCCCGCUCUGCACAUAUCAGUACUAUCAUCUGAAUUGGGGCCCUUCGCUCGAGUACGAGAUUUGCUCGAAUCCUGAUACUGUCGAUGUUUUGGUUUCGCUUGCGUACAUAGCAGCCAGCGCCGAGGCGUUGAAAGAACCUUUACCUAUUGGGAUUGGUCUCCGUGUCCCAGCGCCGGAUAAAACGGCUCUGGUGAACGCAGAUGGAUUGUGCGAAUACGACAAGCUGACAUACAAGCAGAUGUGUGCAUCAAUUGUGAUGCUCAUUGAUCAGCUUCCUCCUGUCGAACUCUUGAAGGUGUACCUCGAGAAUCCGAUCAAUAUUGGAAAUACUAGGGCCCGAUUGCGGGACUUCGAUCAUUCGAUCCCAGAGGCGACUUGGUCAAUAUUACGAUGGUGUAUCGCGUCGUGCACUGCUCACAUGGAGGAAAUGAAAACCGAGGAGGAGCGAAUCCGGAAUAUAGGUGCUGAAUGGAGGCAGUUCCGGUUCACUAUAGGUGCUCCUGACGCGGAAGCCAAGUUCCAGAAAGCACUAGAAUUGGCGCAAGCUCAAGAUGAGAAUGUGCUAUCAUUUCCUUGCCUAUAUAUCAUCCGCCAUGGUCUAUGGUACAAAGACGUAGCUAAUGGAAGACUGUAUGGCGACGGCGUAUAUUUUGCCAAAGAGGCGUCUAUAUCGGUGAAAAGAUAUGCUCAGCAAAACACCGUGCAGUGGAAAAAUAGCUCCAUUGGCGUAUCGCAAUGCAUCACUGUCGCACAGAUCGUGAAUCGCCCUCAAAGCUUCGUCUACAAUCGUCGGUACUUUGUGGUCGACGACACUAGAUGGAUUCUAUGUCGUUAUCUUCUUGUGAAAGGCUCCUCUGCAGAUACAGCCCAAAGCACACUUGUUCAAGGCUCAGCAGACACCCGCGACAUUCCAUUUAUACGGCAUGACCCCAAAUCAAGCUUCACGUUCUUCGGCAAGCAAAUCCAAGUCCCUGAACCAAGCUAUACGGUCGAAAAGUUACUCUCCGACCGCCGGAGAGAGCCUCUGGACGUCCAAUAUGACGAGGAAGACUUGUCCAUCCUGGAGGGCCGUUCGCCGGUCAAGCAGACGCAGCCAGUAGAUGACUGGACUCAUGAUCCAGAAUGGGUCCGGACAUCUGUCAAGAAUGUUCUUCCGCUGCCCGGAAGCGCAACUCGCAAGGCAAAGGCGGCGCUUCAGCGGGCGUUCAAAACUAUGCUGAGAGAGCAGCAGGAGGCGAAAUCCAUGAAAGAACUCGGAUGGUAUAUACCUCCCGACAUGAUCAGUGGAAAUCAAUUACGUUGGAUCGUGGAGCUGCAUUCAUUUGACGAGGAUCUACCUAUCGCACAAAUCAUGAAGAUGGAAUCCAUGAAUUCUCUGGUAGUUGAAAUCACGUUUCCGCGGUCGUUCCCAGCGUCGCCGCCUUUCUUUCGCGUCUUGAAGCCCCGAUUCCUCCCAUUUACACGAGACGGAGAAGAUGGACAUACAGCACACAUUACAGCAGUACUACAACCUUCCGACAGGCGGAUCAGUGUGUAUGGAACUCCUCACGGGGGAUGUAUAUCUGCCAUCCUCCGGCAAAUUCGGCUCGUCGUCUCCAGCCUGAGGUCUCACCCCAAUCGGUUGGCUAAAAACUGGUCCGUGCCGUAUAAUAUGCCUAAGGCGCUCAGAGGCUAUAAGAAGGUCGCAUCAAUGUAUGGUUGGAAGUCAUGGGAGCCACAGAAAGCACCUCCAUUUGGCGCAGAUAACCGAGGACUCCGCGUAUUCCAUGUGACGCUCCCAGCAGCUAAAGACCACCUAUCAAUGGCUCUUGAACAAAGCGUGGCAAGUCCUUGA